CAAAGUCAGAGCUGAGGGGGCGGACGAGAGUCGGGGCGGAGACAUGGCCACUUAUCACCCAGAAGAGUCUAUGCAUUUGCCCCGUGCAGAUGCCAUUCGGUCUCGGCUUAUCGACACCUUCUCACUCAUCGAGCAUUUGCAAGGCUUGAGUCUAGCGGUUCCGCGGCAUACUAUCCGGGAAUUACUUGACCCUUCCCAUCAGAAGAAACUUAUGUUGGGAGAUCAACACCAGCUGGUGCGCCUCUCCAUAAAGCCUCGUCAUACAGAACAGAUUACACCUGCCAGGAGGCUGCUGUCCAGGCUUCCGGUGCGCUGCAGUCAAACUCCACCGCUUUCUUUAUGGGCCGGAUGGGUCCUUGAGCGUCCUCUUUUUACAAAUUUUAUCAUCUUUCUCAUCUUUCUAAAUACGAUUGUGCUGAUGGUUGAAAUAGAAUUGCAGGAAUCCACAAACCAAAAGCUGUUGCCCCUGAAGCUGGCUCUGGAGGUGGCAGCCUGGUUCAUUUUGCUUAUUUUCCUCUUGGAGAUUCUUCUUAUGUGGAUGUCCAACUUCUUCCUCUUCUGGACGAAUGCCUGGAGUGUCUUUGACUUUGUUGUCACCAUGUUGUCCCUGUUUCCUGAGGUUGUGGUGCUGGUGGGUGUCAAUGGCCAGUCAGUGUGGCUCCAGUUGCUGAGAAUCUGCCGGGUGCUGAGGUCUCUCAAACUCUUUGCAAGGUUCCGUCAAAUUCGAGUCAUUAUUUUGGCCCUAGUCAGGGCCCUCAAGAUCAUGACUCCACUCUUUAUGCUGCUGCUCAUGUUCUUCUACAUCUUUGGUGUGACUGGAAUCUACUUCUUUGAAAGUUACACCCGCUCAAAUCGCCAGGACCUGAUGUUCCACAUGUACUUCUUGGAUGUUCCAAAUUCCCUGGUGACAGUGUUCAUUCUUUUCACCUUGGAUCACUGGUAUGCACUGCUUCAAGAUGUCUGGAAGGUACCUGAAGUCAGCCGUACCUUCAGCAGCAUCUAUGUCGUCCUUUGGUUGUUGCUUGGCUCCAUUCUCUUUCGAAAUAUCAUAGUGGCCUUGAUGGUUACUAACUUCCAGAGUAUCAGGACUGAGCUGAAUGAAGAGAUGACACAUCUGGAGGUUCAGCACAAGGCUGACAUAUUCAAGCGGCAGAUUAUCCAGAGGAGACAAUACCAGUCCCGAGAGGCAUUAAGGUCGAGCCAAAGCAAAAAUGAUACCAGUGAACCAAGUAAUGCUGAAAAGGAAUCUUUGGACUUAGAAACUGAAGGAGAUGAGAUUAAACAAAACAUUGCUAAAAACACUUCAAUGCUAUCAUCAAGAGAAAAAGAGUCCUUUUAUUUUUCAGAAUUCUCCUACUAUUCCUCUGACUCCAAAGAUUUUGAAAAUAUUGAUAUGUUGGACUGGGAGACUCAUGUGCACCAGAACCUGCCCGGGCUGAUGGAAAUGGAUCGAGAAGAGCGUGUUGUUUGGCCCAGAGAUUCGCUCUUCCGCUACUUUGAGUUGCUGGAAAAGCUUCAGUAUAACCUAGAGGAGCGUAAGCGAUUGCAGGAGUUUGCAGUCCGGGCACUGAUGAACUUUGAAGACAAAUAAAGCAGACAAUGACUUCAAUAUCUUUGGGCCCAGCAACAAACUAAUAAAGGACUACUUGGAAAGGAAGAGUUCAAAAUAUAAAUAAAAACUGCUUACGGUU